GGAAAUUGGUUCCCGAGCCAAAAUGUCGAAUCGAAUGUUCGAUGCAGACCUACGUGAUUGCGUACAAAUUUUCGCUCAAAAUGAUGUGAAAUUCACGUAUAAUCGGUAGAUUUUUAUCGUAAAGGAAGGAAGGGGCUUUGAUUUUGUACUCCUGAAGAAAUCAAGAUGUCAGACAAAGUUAAAGUGGCCGUACGCGUUCGCCCUUUGAACGGCCGAGGUAAGAAUCGCUACUCUAGGUCGAUCAUGAUAUAUUUUGUAAACACGAUAGCAGACCGGUUCGAUUUCAGGAAUAUUGGUUUGUCUUUUAGAAAUCGAUUUGGGUACAAAUAUAGUCGUAGACAUGGACGAAACACAGACUUGGAUGACACAUCCAAACGCUAAAGACAGGCGAGUAUUAAAAGGGCAUGUGUGAUUGUUAACUCUUGUUUACAUUUGUCGGAGAACUGUCUAGCUUUUUUGAAAAUUGUAAAACCUUUUUGAAAAGCCUGUUCUUCUCGCCGGCUAGGGGGUUAUAAUUACUUAAAUUCGGGUGUUUCUAAAGCCGUAAUGUGUGUCAAAAAGGUGUAAUUUUAUGUGGAAAACUCGACACCGCUUUUAUUACGGUUAACAAGCUAAUAUAUAUAUCAUUAAACAUUCGAUGAAUUUUGUAAUAACUUGUCUUUUUAAAUUGGUUAAGAGUUAAGUAAAUUCUCGGCGGUUUUUGCAGCUAAUGUCGCUUUUUAAAAUGUUUGAGAGGAAAUUGGCAACAGUUAUUUAAUACUGCAAUGCAUGAUCGCAUUUUAAUAGCCGCCCGGAAAAUUCUUAUGUAUUUUAAGAAAGAUUGGAAAUUGGAUAUUAUUACUUGCGUUUUUUAUGCACGUAAUGUAUUUUUUGUUAUUCCCAGGAAUUUUUAAAAAGAACAGUGUGUUUACUUUACGUUUUUCCUAAUAUUAAACGAAAAUAAUUAAAGUUUAAGUCUUUUACAAAGUGGCAUUCACAUGAUACUCGAGUGGUCAGAAUAUAUGUUUUGAUUUGAAUAAUGUAUAUAUACGUGUUUGAUUUAUAUAAAAUAUUACGGAAACAGGAUGGUGUUUUAAUAUAGCCAUUUAUAGCUUCAGGACGUAGGUGUAUAUAGGAAAUUUAUAGCUUUGUGUUUAAUUAGUGUAAGUGUGUUUGUACAUAACUCGGUUUUUUUGAGAUUUUUUGGUGAAUGAUAGGUACAUAUUUAUAUUGAUUCUGUAUAUGCAUGUCAUGUGUGACAUUGGAUGGUGUGAUAUAUAUACUUUGACAUUUACAGAUUGGUGCGGUUAUUUAGUGAACAUCUAGUCAUGAGGCUUAAAAGUUGCUUCAGACUUGUCGACCUUUGAUAUUUUGCUUUUUAGCCCUUAAAAACCGGGAGAGCAAAAUUAAAGUCAUAUAUGCAGUGUUAAAUACAAUUUUCCUUUAUAAUCAUUUUACAUUCUCUUCAGCAACUUGUUUAAUUCUAACAUAAGCAACAGGAGAAAAUACCUUUGUUGAUACUGUGAAACAGCGAGAAAGCACCAGGGGAGUUGACAGGUCUGCUGCUUUCUAGCACCUGUUCACAAGAAAGCCAGCUAGCCUAGCUUUCUAAAGCCCAGGGAGCUUCGUAUUACUGAUAUGACAUAGCUUGAGCAGAAAGUGCUCACCAGCAAUGAUUAAUUAAUGGUUUAAAAUGCCAGGGGUGUUGAAUGACAUAUAUAUAUAUGUACAUGUGGUACAGUUCGUUCAAAUGUUUCAGCUUUAUUUACAUUGGGUCGUUCCAGAAAAGUCCACACUCCCUCCAAGGAGGAAAUUUCUGCUGUCUGGAGGGGGAGGGGUGAAAAAUUUGUUUCUGAUAACUAGGGGUGCACCGGAUUUGGAAUUUUCGAAUCCGGCCGGAACCGGAUUUACCGGAUUUGGGCAAAAAUUCCGGCCGGAAUUCCGGCCGGAUUUGCCGGAUUUGAGAUAAACCAGUAAUGGGGACAAUUGGGGAUAAAUCAGUAUUCAAAAUGGCGGUUUAUGUUUUUUACUAUUUUUAGUUAGUGUCAGUUUAGAUUUUUGAUUGUGUUUAAACCUUUUUUAAAUAUCUUUUUGUUAAUAACUUAAUAUUUUAUAAUAGUAUAAGUGUUUUUUAAACUUUAAAGGGUAAUGGCAAUAAAAAAUUUUAUUGCUUUAUCUGAAAGAGCAUGAAAAAAUAAGCCGAUUGACCGUUUACUGCUCUAUUCUAUCUCAUCUGGUUCCGAAGUUAUACGCAAAAAUGUGCAAAAUAUAAAUUGCUGAUUGAGCACAACGUGUGACGUCAUUGGUAGUGUAAGUAUGUUUAAUGAAUAGUAAACUGAAGCAUAGCUCAGUUAUUAUUGGCUCAAAUCAAAUGACAUUUUGCAUACAGAUAGUACAUGAUGAGACGCAUGGGAAAAUACUCCUAAUUUUGUUGUCAAGGCAACACAGUCGUUCCCAGGCCCCUUACACUGAUUUUGAAUAACUAGUUGCAUUUAUCUAUGUGUAUGUCAUUUUCGAAUUAUUAUCAUGCAAGUAAACUUUUGGCAUGCAUAGGUAUGGUACACAUACUUCUGACAUUAUUUUAUUCUUAUAAAUACCAUGAAUAAAGGUGUUUUAUAAAAUUGGCACAAGGGGCCUGGGAACGACAUUGUUACCUUGGCAACAAAAUUAGAAGUGUUUUUCAAUGCGUCUCAUCAUGUACAAUCAGUAUCCAAAAUUUCAUUUGAUUUGGGCCCAUAAUAACUGAGCUAUGCUUCAGUUUAGUAUUCAUUAAACAUACUUACCCUACCAAUGACGUCACACGUUGUGCUGAAGCAGCAAUUUAUAUUUUGCACAUUUUUGCGUAUAACUUCGGAACCAGAUGAGACAGAAUAGAGCAGUAAACGGCCAAUCGGCUUAUUUUUUCAUGCUCUUUCAGAUAAAGCAAUAAAAUUUUUUAUUGCCAUUACCCUUUAAAGCUGCCAAAUUGAUGGUUUAUCCCAUUCUUGGUGAACUUUUUAAGGUGAAAACAGAAAUUUAAAUCCAGCCGGAUUUUCUCCAAAUCCGGCCGGAUGCCGGAAAAUUUGUUAAAUCCGGCCGGAAUUCCGGCCGGAUUUGAAAUCCGGUGCAACCCUACUGAUAACAGUAAGUGUAUUGGGACAUCCAAAGGGAGCACUCUCCAAAGGGGGUGGGGUUAAUUAUGACUUCCAAUUUCUUCUGUGGGGGAGGUAUGGAUGUUUUCUGGAAAACCUUGUUUACAUUGUUGUUGAAGUUCAUAAAAAUGCAGUUAAUUUUUUUCAAUUUAAUUUUUUUUUAAUUUUAUAAACUUUGUCACAAUAUUUAUUACAUAUCUAAUAGAGGUGUGCAAGUCCGAUCCAAUCGGAUUUGUUUGGAUUUCGGAACAAAAAUAUACAUUUCGGAUCGGAUUGAUAAAGUUGUUUUGUAAUCGGAUCGGAUUGGACUUCAAUAUUCGAAAUAAAAUGAAUUAAUUAUCCACACAUUAUCGCGAGAAUGAAUUAUAUCCAUGCAUUUAUCAAAGCAUUAUCAUGGUUGUUGCUGCAUUUGAUUAUUCGUUUGAUACUUCAAUUGGACGUCGCUUUGUCAGCUUCUUGACAUGUAUUUCUUGCUUUUAUAUUUAUUUGGUUAAAUAUUUCAACUUGAAUGAGAAAUUUAUUUUAUUAAAGGAUUCUUCAGAUCGAAUCGAAAUUCUUUAUCAAAGCUCGGAUUCGGAUUAGACAAUUUCAGAUCGGAUUUUAAACAUUAGCCAAUUGUCGGAUUAUAAACAUCCGAUCCGAUGCACACCCCUAAUAUCUAAAUACUAUAAUGACUAUAACACAUUCCGAGCUAUCCCUGCAUGUAUCGUUUUCCAGGACUAACAAACUGGAAAACUAAUAAUAUAUAUAGUAGUUGGAUAUGAAAUAUGAGUGAUCAAUUUGCUCUUUUUUUCUGGCGUUUGAGAGAAUUUUGAAAGUUGUUAACAAUGUUCAAAUUUUCUCGCCCACACUAACACAAAUAUUUAGAGAAUUUUUUUAAUAAAUGAUAAUUUAAUUUUUUAUUACAAUUUUUAGGAAAGAAAGCAGCAAGGUUUGUAUUAUUCUUUUCUAUCUUUGAAUAUAUUCUACAUAAUUAUUUUACAUGUAUUCUCAAUUGUGUAAUAUUUUCCCCUUGGCAUUAAAUAAUUCAUCUGGCAUAAAAUAAUAAUGUAAAUUUUGGUCCACUGCAUUUUCAAUCAUGCUGAUUAUGAUAAUAUUUCGAAUCCAUAUUACUUAGACUUUUACAUAUGAUCAUUGCUUCUGGUCAAUGGAUGAAAACAACAAAAAGUUUGCAAGUAAGUUUUGCACCUUCAUGGAAGAAUACAAUAUUAUUAUAGAUGUUAUGUCUCCACUGCACCAGAGGUCAUUAAGUCUUAGCUAGGAUUUUAGAUAUUGGGCAUGUUUCUAAAUGACCAGCGUGUGCACGUGUCAAUUACUUUGAAUGGCCAAAUUCACGGUUCUACAACAACAGACAAUGCUUGUGGUUGUUCUAUGCUUUGCAACCAAAUACAAGGCGAGCAUAUAUACUCAUAUUGUGCACUGACAUUAAAAUGUUAAGUUAUUUCAGCAACUCUUGGGGGUAUUUAAAACCACUUUAAAUACUCGGUUCCCAUUAUCCAUCAAAACAUUAAAACAUCACGGAUCACUUUUGCCAAUUUCAACAACAAUGUUGUUCAAUAGAUUUUACAAACUUUCUUACGACGUAAAUAGAAAGAAAUUUUGUCUGUUGUAAGUGGCACCAUCUUAUUUUAUGAACCUACACGGUCUUAUAUGUAAAUAGUGAAGCCGCGUUCAUUUUAUCUAGCCGUGUUUUUCCAUUUUUGGCCACGAUAACAUGGCCCUCUAGCUAAGACCCUGCCGACGGUUGCAGGCACAUUUCAGAAACAACUUUCUUGUAGGCACAUUUUGUAAAACUUUUGAAACCAAGAAGUUGUAAAAUAAAUUUUUAUAAUUCUUAUUUUAUUAUGUAUUUUACUAUAUGUUACUGUGAGUCUAUUAAAAUCAUUGUUAAUAGGGACACUGACAAGUUAAAAUUUCUAGAGAACAACUACCAGUGCACAGUGCACAUGUAUGAUUGUGAGUCUGAGCUUAAAAUUCUUGAUUUCUUGCGCCAAAAACGUAUAUAAAGCCAUAACUCAUAACAUGCCUCAAAUUUCCCUCUAAAAAUUGCCGUAGAACGUAACAGCUGUCGAUGGCAAUUUUGACAGUUUCCACAGCAUUUUUCAAAUAUUUAGUGUAAUAAAACUUUAAUUUUUUUGUUACUUUGGCUUUUUGACAAGCUAGAAACAUGUCUACGUAUUUCUUUAGUGUUUUUUUUUCGAAGAAAACUGAGUCUAAAAUAGUGAUUUACGCAUGAUUUGAUCAACAUCUGAAUUCAAGUAUCAAAGUAGUAAUGCACAGUGAAUAGUAUAAAAAUUGCACUAUACGGCAAAAAAUUGCCAUCGUUGCUUCAAUGAUCCACAUUGCAGCAUUUUGUUCUCCCUCUAUGGCAAUUGCCGUGAUAAAAUUUGAGCCCUGACUCAUAAGCCAGCCUACUAUUAGGCAGCUAUAGUAAUUCAUGGCUGAUAUGUUGCAUGAAGACAUUUUGCAGGUACAUUUUCGAAUAAUUUUUGCGAUGCAAAAAAGUUAAUGACCCCUGCACUGCCCUAUUGUGUCUUAUACAGUAUCAUGUUUUAUGUUCAUUAACUUUUUGGUGUAGUUACACUUUACCACAUCAAUGGACAACUUGCAUGUUAGACUAAAUUUUAAUCUAAGUAGAGAGAAGGGAAUAAAACACAACAGUUAAAAAGAAAAUAAUGAAAUUAGUAAAAUUGCAAAAUUUUAUUAAUUUAUUUUACAAUUAUUUUACAACAUUUCGUAACCAAAUUUUGCAAUUUUACUGAUUUUAAUAAGUUCUUUACGGGAAUUUACUUUUUUUUGCCUAAAUCAAAAAUUAGUCUAACAUGCAAGUUGUCUAUUUCCUCUCUGUUUUUUCCUAGAUCAAGAAAAAGUCUACAAAUGUUUGGGGACAGAUGUGUUAACAAAUGCCUUCAAGGGCUACAAUGCAUGUUUAUUUGCUUACGGACAAACUGGUAAAUAUAAGAACAUGACAAUAUGUUACAAAAAAUGUCAACUGAGGUUGAAAUUAAACCUACUGUAUAAAUCAUCUUACAGUAUAUAGGUACUUAUAGACAUAGUGGAUUAGUUAGGAGUCACAGAUGUAUUUGCUUCAGGGUAUUAGCCAGAAAGAAAAAGUUUUGUCCGUUAAACGUAAAUUGACCAUUUGCGUAACAGACUAAAUUUUGAUCUCAACAAAAUUUUCAUCACAGCUUGAAAGAGCAUCACAAAAUUAGUAAUAUUCCAAAGUUUCGUUAGAAAAUGUUGUAAAAUGCGUUAAAAUAUAGCCUUGCUAAAUUUGCAAUUUUCAGUCAUUUUAGAUUACAAACGGGAAAUUGACAGCCCGAUGCGCUUUUUGAGGCUGUCAAUUUCCCGUUUGUAAUAUACUGUAAAAUGACUGAAAAUUGCAAAUUUCGCAAGGCUAUAUUUUACGCAUUUUACAACAUUUCCUAACGAAACUUUGGAAUAUUACUAAUUUUGUGAUGCUCUUUCAAGCUGUGAUGAAAUUUUUGUCUAGACUUGUUUAGAUCAAAAUGUAGUCUAUUACGCAAAUGGUCAAUUGGGAAAGUGUUUUUGACCGAUCAAAAUCCUUGUGUAGGAAUAAAUAAGGUUGUUUUCCAACGUGUUUCUCCGUAGAUGCAAACAACGGUAGCUUGGUUUUGUAAUUUCAUUUUCGGUGAAUGAACACUGAAAAAUACACCCGAUGGUACUUCGUUUUGCAUAUUUCAUUUCCGGUGAAUGAACACGGAUGCACACCGAUUACACAUUGUUUUGUACAUUUCAUUUCAGUGAAUGCACACCCAAUAUGAAUGAAACGCGAUACAUUUUGAGAAAAUAGUUAAUGGGAAAAGUAAAUAAAACGUUCUUUGAUAUAAUAAUAUAAAAUCAGACGCAAUGCACUUUCUCAUCAGAAAAAAUGAAAAUCUUCCAAUAGACCCAGUUGGGAAAGCCCCUUAGCUACUUCAAUAGACCUUUCCCCUUUUAAGUGAAAUUUUGAUCUAGACAAGUCUGGGCAAAAAUUUCAUCACAGCUUGAAAGAGCAUCGCAAAAUUAGUAAUAUUCCGAAGUUUCGUUGCGAAAUGUUGUAAAAUGCGGAUAAUAUAGCCUUGCGAAGUUUGCCAUUUUUCAGUCAUUUUAGAUUACAAACGGGAAAUUGAUAAUCAGGGGCCGGUUGUAUAAAACUCUUAAUCACUUUUUUAAUCACUCUUUUGUAGUUAAAUAGUGAUUAACUCUUAAAUAGGCGCUUCUUAUUGGAUGAUGUUUGCACUUAAUCAUAGUUAACUUUAAUCACUGUUUUAUACAACCGGCCCCUGAUGAUCAAACUGAUUAUCAAUUUCCCAUUUGUAAUACAAAAUGACUGAAAAACUGCAAACUUCGCAAAGCUAUAUUAUCCACAUUUUACAACAUUUCGCAACGAAAUUUUGGAAUAUUACUAAUUUUGUGAUGCUCUUUCAAGCUGUGAAAUUUUUGUCCAGGCUGGUCUAGAUCAAAAUUUCACUUAAAAGGGGAAAGGUCUAUUGGGAAGAGUCCGUCAAACGGACAGUAUAUGGGCUAGCUAACACCCUGUCAGCAUGUUAGUUUUUAUUUACUUUACUGUAAUUUUAUAUUAAGAAUUAGUGCUACAUGACAAUAUUUGAAAAUAUGGCAUUGUGCUCUCAUGUGCCCAGUGUACUUUGCUAUUUUACUACCUGGUAUCUUCCAAAAAACUGGACACUGCUGACAUAAAAGCUAUAAAAGCUAUCGCAAUGAAGAUCAUUGCAUUCAGAAAGGACUAACUUAGAUUUUGAUAUAUAGCACUUGAAUUUACAUGCAAUAUUGACUGCGCUAUUGAUGUUUGAACGUUGAACUACUGUUUUUGAAAAUGCCAAAAAUUAGCAUAAAACAACUAAGUCAUUACCGAUAUAGUUAUACUUGUUAAAUAAUUUAUUAUUAGCAUGACAAAAUUACUGGAUGCUGAUUGGUUGAGAGGAGUACAAUUAUUUCAUUAAUUGUACUGCAGUACAAUUAAUGAUUUUCCCAAAACAAACAAAAUGGCGGAAAGGUAUUUUAAACCAAUGUUUUAAACACAAAUGUGAAAUGAAAUUGCUCUAGAGGAAGUAGAUUAAAAUACGAACAAAAGCACCAAAUUUUGCUUUAACAAAAGAACUAAAUGAAAAUACGAACAAAAGCACCAAAUUUUGCUUUAACAAAAGAACUAAAUGAAAAUACGAACAAAAGCACCAAAUUUUGGUUGAAAGUCUGGCAGGACUGGGCUUUGGCGAGAGAAUAAGAUGCAAUCUCGUUCCCCGAGCCUGCGAUCCUGGGGAAGGAACGCGAGGCUCUGGGAUAAUCCGUUUCAGGGAGGAAUCUGAUUGGCCGUUGAAAUGGCAUGCGUAGUUCAAUCUUAGCCACAAUUCCUGGCUUCCUGCAACGGAUUAUCCCAGAGCCUCGCGUUCAUUCUCGAGGAUCGCAGGCUCGGAGAACGCGAGAUUGAAUAAGAUGUUGACAUUGAGAAGUAUCCAAUUUUGUCAUGCUAACUCGUGAUGUUUGGAAAUUUUGCCAAAUUGGACUCGCCCCGGCGGCUUGUCCAACUUUGGCAAAAUUUCCAAACAUCACUCGUACUAUUAAUUCCUAAUUGUACUCGCCAUCGCAUGAUUGCCUAUACAAAUCUUUUUAUUUUGGUUGUAUCUCGCUCAAUAUCGCAUGUAAAUCCAAGUGCUACAGGUAUAUAUCAAAAUCUAAGUUAGUCCUUUCUGAAUACAAUGAUCUUUAUUUCAUUAUGAUAGCUUUUACGACACAUGACAUCAAACAGUGUCAAGUUGGGUUUUGACAGACAAUUUAUUUGUCAAGGGAAAAGGGCUUUGAAUGGGUUAACAUUAAAUAUGAUUACAGUUAUGAAAUGUUUAUUUCAGGCUCAGGGAAAUCUUACACCAUGAUGGGAAGUUCGACACAAACUGGAAUCAUUCCACGUCUUUGUGAUGACAUGUUUGAGAGAAUCUCAAAUGUGAGUCAGCCAUCCAAGAGCUCUGAGCGUGAAUAAUAAAAUCACUGUCACUGAGUGUUACGUUAUUUUUGCAGAAUGAAGACGAAAACAUCUCGUUUAAAGUUGAAGUAUCGUACAUCGAAAUUUAUAAUGAAAAAGUUCGAGAUUUGCUCAAUCCCAGAGGGUAAUGGCGAUGAGAAAACUUUUUCGUAUAAUUCUUCAGACAUUUCUUGUGAAAUUUCAGUGUGAUCAUAUAAAUAUGUGUUCUUUCACAGUGGGAAACAAACGCUAAAAGUCAGAGAACAUAAAGUGACAGGACCCUACGUCGACGGAUUAACAAAACUCGUUGUCUCAUCAUUCCAGGUUUGAGUCCAUUUUGUUCAGUUUGCUUAAAGGACAUUGGCAAUACAAAAUUAGUUUGUCUCAUACAUAAGAACUCUUAAAAUUGCAUAUUAAACUCUAUUACCGAUUACCGUCAUAUCUUGCUUAGUUCUCGAAAUAUUUAGACCGAAAUUAAUGAGCUGUGCGCCAUCUUGGAAAAAUUCUUUGCCUCAUUAACUAUGGUUUUGAUGACGUCAGGAGUUGGGUUAACCAUAUAAAACUACUCUUAAAUGACCGAGUAACAAUCCAAAAUUGUUUGAAAUGUUUUUAAUCAUUUCUAAAUUUCAGACAGCAACCAGAAACGAAGUUUUGGACCUAUAUUGAUCGCUUACUUUCAAGAUAAAAAAUUAGCGUUACCCCUUUCUUGACGUAACAUGCAUAUCCUCAAUAAACUAGUAGCCCCAGACUACUAGUUUUCUUUUCAAAUCCCACAUAGAUAGCCCAAAAAAACCCAAAAAAUUGCUGAUGUUUUUCAGCUGGGUUUUUUCCGAGCUUCUUUUUCACUCAUGAGAUAACUUCCAUUUCUAAAAUUUACUUAUUCUGAAAGGCCAUUUCUACUAGUAGCCUGGGGGCAUAGUAAAGUCCGACUUAACAAACAAUUAGCCAUUCCGAAGUUGAUGAGAGGACUGGGGACGAGUGUUAAAAAGUGCCCAAAUUAAGAAAUGAACCAAAGCACUAAAAAGACCACCUCAAAAUUACUAAGUAUACAAAGUUUGAAGACGUUCACAUGAAUGCCCUUCGAAUAAUAAGCUUUCGAAAAUUGUGAAAUUACUGAUUAAAAGUAUCACGAUUUUCGAAAGCUUAUUAUUCGAAGGAUAUUCAUGUAAACGUCUUCAAACUUUGUAUACUUACUAAUUUUGAGGUGGUCUUUUUAGUGAUUUGGUUCAUUUCUUAAUUUGGGCACUUUUUAACACUCGUCCCCAGUCCACUCAUUUUUUCAUACUCAAUUUUGUGAAUCAUGCCUACAAGACGGUCUUCAUUUCCGCAAGACGGCCAUCAUUUCUAGUGUAUAGAUUUCACUGGUUAGAUGUAAUACUGUGUUAUUUUUUCUUCAGGAUAUCGACUCUCUGAUGAUAGAAGGCAACAAAUCACGAACAGUUGCCGCAACCAACAUGAAUUCAGAGAGCAGUCGUUCUCAUGCUGUGUUUAAUAUCGUACUUACUCUGGCUGAAUUUGAUGAGGAAACACAGGUAGACAUUGAUCACACUUUAUUCUAACUGUAACGUAUACUUUUUACUGUAGUUCGUGAUUGGUUAACAUUGACCAAUAACAGAUAACAUUGACCUCUGUCUGAAUGAUUUUUGUAUCAAUUUCAGCCUCAUUCAACAAUUAUUUAAGAUUGAUAACUUUGUAUUUAGACCACAGGCGAGAAAGCGAGUAAACUAAGUCUGGUUGAUUUAGCUGGCAGUGAGAGAGCGAGUAAGACUGGAACUACUGGAGAUAGACUGAGAGAAGGAAGCAAUAUUAACAAGUAAGAACAGCCAAGAGAUGCUUAAGGUGGCUCCCUACAGUUGUUUAAGCAUGGGACUGGUAACGAAAUGAGGUGAUCUUGUCGAGUAGAAAUUUUAUCACGUCACCAAAAGUUCAUUUGACCGCGCAAGGUUUGUAAUGCAAUAACUUUUUUCCUUCGGUCGAUAUUUCUGAAAUUUUGUAUUUUGGAAGUACUAGUCAUUUAUUGCAAUAUACAUAAUUUUUAAAAAAAUUCUAUAAAACAGUUUUUGUGGAACAAAUUUCGCGAAGUAUCUCAAAAACUUAAUUUUUUCGUUGCUGUUUCUUUACAACUGCAGGAAGCCACCUUAAUAUUGCAUGUUUUAUUGCUUUACAGAAUAACAAAUCAAAAAGUUCCGUGCAGAUGAUGUACUGUGCUUCUUGUGAGCAUUCAUUCAUUUAUAUCGCUUAUUCUUUCACCUUUAGGUCACUUCACACACUGGGUUUGGUGAUAUCAGCUUUAGCAGAUCAGGUAGAUAAACUAUUUGCCAAAAACAAACCUUCUAAACAUUUGUACUGGUACUGAACCUCAGUUAUUUAUCAAUAUUGAGCUUUUAAGCGUUACUUAAGUUGUAUCGCUGUACAAUACUGUAAUAUUUGUACUGGAUAGCUCUAUCAGUUGUAAACUGUUCUCCCUAGAGGUUCUGCAAAGGGCUAUCCCUUAUAAUCUAAGCCCGAUCGCAGAGGCGUAAAGCACAUGAACUGGCUACAAGAAUUUCGCGGCGAGUUGCGUGUUACUAGUCUCUCGUUCCCAGGCGACUUCCGGUUCCCGAGAUAUCGCAAAAAAACCCGAUUACGAUUAGCAUGUGGACUUGAUCAAAUGCGCUUUACAUCAAGUAUUAUACGCUCACCUAAUUACAUACACUUAGCCUAGACUAUUUUAUCUUUACAACAAUUGUGAUAUCACUUUCUUAACUGUGUUUAUCCUAACCCACCCUGUCAAUUUUCCCUGUGGGAGGAAACCGGAGCACCCAGAGAAAACCCACGACUUUCGGCAGAGUGUUGACGGACUCUUUUCACAUGAGUCCGUAGCGAGAAUCAAACCCACGAACUCAGAGGCGAAAGGCGUUUGCUCUCACGACUGCGGCACCGAAGCCCCAAAACGAAGGCUAUACCAACAUUCCACCAACGGUGAUAGUAGUUUUUUUAUUCUUAGGCGUCUGGAAAAGCGAAGAAGGCAUUUUUUGUUCCGUACAGGGACUCGGUUUUGACUUGGCUUUUAAAGGUAAGAAAUAUUUUUAUUGCUAAUAUUUAAAAUCAGCGGUAUUUCUCCACGCUGUUCUUCAAAAUCCUGGAGUAUCGUUGAAUUGGAGAAGAAGAAAAAAUUUUGGACUGAAGGUUCCUAAAAUGGAACGCAAUUUAGAGACUGGAACGCAAUUUAGAGUACGUUCAGCGCAUUGAAGAUCUCCCAGUGUCUGUAUUGGUCAUCAUCAAAUGAAAAUUCAUGUUGUAGGUUUGUUCGCACUUUUAUAGGUCCUUGAAUGUAAUCGAAACAAUCUGUAAAGUGUUGGAAAAUCUUUUAUUUUCAGGACAAUCUUGGUGGAAACAGUAAGACAGUGAUGGUUGCAACGAUCAGCCCCGCAGCAGAUAAUUACGAAGAGACAAUGUCUACGUUGAGAUAUGCUGAUAGAGCUAAGAGAAUUGUGAACCAUGCUGUUGUUAACGAAGAUCCUAAUGCAAAGGUAGAUACGCCGAUUUACACACACAAUUUUUGCCUAAAACCGUCGCAUGCAACUUGAGUUGUACACUGUACCGUGUAAAUCAAGCACACAAUUCGCCUACACACAAUGGACCAUUCCCCAAUUAACCAAAAUUUUGAUCUCAACAAGUCUAGACAAAAUUCCAUCACAGCUUGAAAGAGCAUCACAAAAUUAGUAAUAUUCCAAAGUUUCGUUCCGAAAUGUUGUAAAAUGCCGAUAAUAUAGCCUUGCGAAAUUUGCAAUUUUCAGUCAUUUUAGAUUACAAACGGGAAAUGGUUACCACUUUUCCAAAAUUUUAAUCUUAACUAGCCUAAACAAAAAUUUCAUCACAGCUUGAAAGAGCAUCGCAAAAUUAGUAAUAUUCCAAAGUUUCGUUGCAAAAUGUUGUAAAUUGCGGAUAAUAUAGCCUUGCGAAAUUUGCAAUUUUCAGUCAUUUUGUAUUACGCACAGAAGUGGUAACCAUUUCCCGUUUGUAAUCUAAAAUGACUGAAAAUUGCAAACUUCACAAGGCUAUAUUAUCCGCAUUUUACAACAUUUUGCAACGAAACUUUGGAAUAUUACUAAUUUUGUGAUGCUCUUUCAAGCUGUGAUGAAAUUUUUGUCUAGACUUGUUGAGUUCAAAAUUUUGAUUAAUUGGGGAAUGGUCCAUUGUUGCAGGUCUAUUGUAAAAAGGCACAAGUUGUUACACUUUUGCCAGUUGUAACAAGUUCGAAGAUUUAAUUAUACUGCCUAUAUUGUUUGGCAUAAAGUACUUACUACUAUUUAUAUAUCGACUAUAUUUACCCAACGAAGGCAUGGAAACAAAAUGGAAUCGAAAAAAUGUCCGACCAAGUUUGAAAGUUUCCAAUCAAAUUUCAUUUUGGUCGACAUUUUUCAGGACAACGUUAUUUCAGGCUCUGAAAAUGGAUCCAUGGAGUUUGAUUUCCAAUGUUUCGCCAAAUAUCUGGCACUGCUUUAGUUUAGGGGCGGACCAUUAGAAAUCCCGGGAGGGGGGUAUAAAAUUUUUGCGGCACGAAUUUUUUUUUUCAGUUUUGAUUUUUUUUAAUGCAUUUAACCUCUGCACGAAUUUUUUUCAAGACUAUUUGUACUUUGCUGUUUGCUUGCACGAAUCGAAUUUUUUUUCUCUGACGUAAUGGCUGCACGAAUUUUUUUCCAGGCAUUUUUCUUUGCACGAAUUUUUUUGGGGAAUUUUCACCCCACCCCUUCCCGGGAUUUCUAAUGGUCCGCCCCUUAUGAAAAAGCGUCAUGGUAACCAAAAGCGUCAUGGUAACCAUGGUGGUGAAUUUGAUCACUUCCUCUACAGAUAAUUCGUGAAUUGCGCGAGGAGGUCGAGCGCCUGAAACAGAUCCUCAAGAUCAAAGGUUUCUCAGAUUCCAAAGACGAAAUAAAAGAAAAGUUGACGGAAAGUGAGAAUUUGAUGGAGGAAUUCACCAUGUCUUGGGAGGAGAAAGAGAAAAAUACUGAGAAAAUUAAACAGGUGCUUUUGCUGUACUCGAAUAUAAUUUGUUGAAUUUAGACAUCUAAAGCAGGCCUUAAAUUCUUCUCUCUUUCAUGCUAAACUUUCAACUGUUCAUUGUUUGGCUGUCGUUUUUCAGUAUAUAGUGUUACUUUAAUACGAUUUAAAAUGCAGGAUUUUGGAUUGACCUAAGAAACAAGAUUUUGUCUAUCAUUAUUUCUACACAGGAACGUCAUAAGGCUCUUGAAGAGAUGGGCAUAUCCAUUCAAUCUUCUGGUAUUGCUGUCGAGAAGAAUAAAUUUUAUCUUGUCAAUUUGAACGCUGAUCCUUCCCUCAACGAACUGCUUGUUUAUUACUUAAAGGUUAGUUACAGAGCUCAUUUGCCUUGAUCAAACCAGAUUCUGUUCAUUUCAGGCUCAUUUGGCCAGAAAACAUGUCAUAGAAAAUUUGCUAUUUACGUAAACACGUGCAUUGACAAAUAAAGUUUGCUAUAUGAAAACUUAUAGUCUGUCACAAGCUUUAAAGUUGAAAUUUGUAUUUAAUCAUUCCAGUGGUGGUCAGGUGCAGGGGUGGAAAAAAUAGGCGAGCACUGUUCGCAGGAAAUGUUAAACAGCUGUAGGAAAUUUGUUUGAAUGAAGAUUUGCUAUUGAAAAUUUGAAGGAAACCUUAACACCCAUGUCCCACUAUGGGCGCAACAACAUAUGGUUGACAGACAUUAUUCCUUGAAUUUAAAACAUGGUCAGCUAGAACACUAUAUGUUUAUGCACAUGCAGAUUUAGCACAAAAAUACUCCGUUGGUCUGCAGGAAAUUUUUGUCUCCAGGUUCUGCUCCCAGGAAGAAAAUUCUUUUUUCCUGCCCUGGCCAGGAGCUGUCCAGCAGCGUACUGUCUUGAAAGUUCACCCAGUAGUUUCACGGUUACAAUUUACAGAUAUGUUGAAUAAAUAUAAUUUCACAAUUAUAUAAAAUAUAUAUCCUCGAUUCUCAAAGAGAAAAUGGAAAUUUUUUCACAUUUGAAUAUUUGAUUGUUUUUGUAAUUUUUGUUUUCAUUAUCAAAUACUUAUGAUGUUAGACGUUUGCAGCAAAAUUAAGAAUUUGCCUUAUUCCAUCAAAGCAUGAAACUAAAAAUAAUAUUAAUAUUGGACUUAUUAGUAUUUUGAACUAGUAAUGUCAACAAACUUUGAAUGCCUCAAACAUUUAAAAGUAAGAUAUAUAGGAUAUUAGACGGUUGCGAAGAGAUAUGGAUUUUAUGUUCGAGUGGCAAAAACAAUAUCUCACGAGUGAGCGCAGCGAACGAGUGAGAUAUUGUUUUUGACACGAGAACAUAAAUCCAUAUCUUCUCGCAACCGUUUAAUGUUCUGUUUAUUAUAUGGACUUACUCAGAGUCACAAAAAUACACACAAAGACGACAUGUAAUUAAGCACGCGAAAAAUCAGUAUAAAAGCGAUAUUUUUUAAAAUUAUACUGCAAACAUAAAACUAGAAUAAAUUUUGCUUAUCUCAAGAUGUCUUUUAAAUGUUUUCGUUUUAUUUCCAACGUUAAUUUCGUUUUAAAUACGAACCAAAGACCAUUUGUAUUUUCAAAACAACAACAAUGAAAAUGGCGGGAAAUUUUCAGAACUUCGUAUGUCACUACCAGGGGUGAAGUACGGAAAAUACGCGCACCUGGCCCCGGAUGUAGUGACGUAUGAGUUCUACGAGUGUUUUAGUUUCCAGUAAAACACCAUUGUCCAUAUAAUAAAUUAAAUUUUUUCACCCCCUUCCCUUGCACCCCCAUUGGUCAAGGUCAACAGGGGUACCUCCCCGUAAUUGGUCAUUAUUUUGUUAUCUUUGUGAUGUUACUCUGAGUGUAUAUCCACACCGGACAAGCUUGAAAAAUAUGCCUGACCAUGGUGGGAAUCGAACCUACGACCUGUGGAAUACUAGCCCAAUGCUCUGCCAACUGAGCUACGCGGUCAGGUCGGUUCGAGUAUGUGAUAUUUCGAAACUGAGCCUAGUUCCUUCGAUAUCAAUGCAAUCUAGUAAUCAUGAUUUUUUUAUAGGAACAUACUGUUGUUGGCAGACAUGACGCUGACCAUCACACUGUAAGUCCAGGGAUUUUUUAACAAUGCUUCACACUAUCCGGAAGAAUAAUGGACCUUUCCUCUUAUAACUAAAAUUUCGAUGUAGACAAAAAGAGCAUCAUAAAAUUAGUAAUAUUCCAAAGUUUUGUUGCAAAAUCUUGUAAAAUGCGGAUAAUAUAGCUUGCGAAGUUUGCCGUUUUUCAGUCGUUUUGUAUUACAAAUGGGAAAUUGACAUCCGAUUCGGGUGUUGGGGCUGCAAUUUCCCGUUUGUAAUGCAAAAUGACUGAAAAUUGCAAAUUUCGCAAGGCUCUAUUUUCCUCAUUUUACAACAUUUCGCAACGAAACUUUGGAAUAUUACUAAUUUUGUGAUGCUCUUUCAAGCUGUGAUGAAAUAUUUGUAUAGACUUGUCUAGAUCAAAAUUUUGGUUAUAAGGGGAAAGGUCUAUUGAAAUAAUGUUUUUAUUGAGAAAUCUUUGCUAAAUUUCCUUUCAGGACAUUCAACUCCGAGGUCUUGGCAUCUUACCAGAGCAUUGCACUUUGGAAAUAAUUGAUAACGAAGUUUUCGUCACACCGAUGCCGAACGCAAGGUUCGUAACGUAGUUAGCCCAGUUGUUAGCGGGAGGCGAAUAAAUGGCCUACAAAUGACAAAUCGUUAUGUAAAAAAUGGCCAAAAAAUUAUAGCGGCCUAGAAUUUUAUGGAAAAGUUCGUAGGUCAACUUUUCAGUCACUUUUAAACACUCGGAAUGGCCAGCUAAAUGAACACAGAAACUAACCUGUCCAAAAUAACUUUCAUUAAAUUUAAAUUUGCAAGUCACAACUAGUUUGUUACAGGUCUGCAAACAAGCUGUUACAAAUGUGUUCACAAGCUGUCGACAAGUUGUGUUCGCACUGCUUGUUUCUACUUGUAACAACUUUGGACCAAGCUGUUAACAACUUGACAAGCUUGAUGGUAUUAUCAGACUUGGUACAAGGUUGUUCUAACAUUUCUGAUACAGUCAUGAUAUUCCAAGAAUGUUACAAGGUUGUAACAAUAUUGUUAUAUCAUGACUGUAUCGGACUUGUUGGAACAACCUUGCAACAAGUUUGAUAAUCAUGUUUCGCUCGCUACUCUGGUUUAAAUAAAUGAUUACAAAGCCCAGUCGAAUUGUAAUCAAGACCCAACGUUUCGACACUCCAGUCUAGUGUCUUCAUCAGGGGUGAUCUAAAAUUGCGAUCGUGGCUUCUUAAAUACCCAAGGGAUGACGUCACCUGCCAAGAAGAUGCAUAUAUUCUUCUGGCAAAUAGGCGCCGUCAUCCCUAUUCAAAGCAUGAUGACUCAUAUUUAUAUGCCACGCUUCUAGGCAAAGUCUUUGACCAUAGCGAUUGUUUGUGGUAAUUACUUUAGAGUUUUCCCACGCAAUCUCGUGUUUGGUGUAACAUACAUGUUCGGCUAAAGCUGAUUUUCCCUUGUCUAAAGUUGAAACAGCCUUUUGAUGUUUUUUUAGCCGUGUACCAAACUGGCGUUUAGACUGACCCAAAUACUCUUUAUCGCAGUCACCUCAUGGUAUAGAAUAUAUAACAUGAGUCUUCUGAUUUUUUUCAACAGGAUCUUUUGGCUUUGCGAAAAUAUGGCCUAAGGUCAAAUAGGGUUUUAAGGCAACCUUAAUAUUACAAUUACUUAAGAUUCUCUUGAUUGGUUCUGUGACACCUUGAAUGUACGGAACUAUUGCAAAACCCUUAACAGAGGUAUCACCCUCGGGUUGGUUCCUACAAACAGGUGGUCUCAGGCAAUCAUUAAGAAAACGCUUUGGGUAAUUGUUUUCCCCUAAAACAUUUAGAACAUAUUCACGUUCAUUAGCUUGAGAAUCACUGUUUGACGGCAACGAUUCAGCUCUUUGAAGAAAAGUUUUUGCUACGGAUCUUUUAUGGCUUACUGAGUGAUGAGAGUCGUAUGACAAGUAUUUGUCUGUGUGUGUGGGUUUGCGAUAAACAUCAGUCUCUAACUUCCCUUCGACAGUUCUGUGUACAUUCAAAUCUAAAAAAGCUAAAUGUCCAUUUAUUUCACGUUCUACCGUGAAUUGGAUGGACGGCUCAAUAGAAUUUAAAUGUUGCAGCAGAAUAUCGAUCUCAUUUGUAGAAACCGCAGAGAUGACAUCAUCGACGAAACGUUUCCAAAACGAUAGGGACACCGAUGUUUCGUCGAUGAUGUCAUCUCUGCGGUCUCUACGUGAAUAUGUUCUAAAUGUUUUAGGGGAAAACAAUUACCCAAAGCGUUUUCUUAAUGAUUGCCUGAGACCACCUGUUUGUAGGAACCAAAAUAACUCCGAGGGUGAUACCUCUGUUAAGGGUUUUGCAAUAGUUCCAUACAUUCAAGGUGUCACAGAAUCAAUCAAGAGAAUCUUAAGUAAUUGUAAUAUUAAGGUUGCCUUAAAACCCUAUUUGACCUUAGGCCAUAUUUUCGCAAAGCCAAAAGAUCCUGUUGAAAAAAUCAGAAGACUCAUGCUAUAUAUUCUAUACCAUGCGGUGACUGCGAUAAAGAGUAUUUGGGUCAGUCUAAACGCCAGUUUGGUACACGGCUAAAAGAACAUCAAAAGGCUGUUUCAACUUUAGACAAGGGAAAAUCAGCGUAAUUACCACAAACAAUCGCUAUGGUCAAAGACUUUGCCUAGAAGCGUGGCAUAUAAAUAUGAGUCAUCAUGCUUUGAAUAGGGAUGACGGCGCCUAUUUGCCAGAAGAAUAUAUGCAUCUUCUUGGCAGGUGACGUCAUCCCUUGGGUAUUUAAGAAGCCACGAUCACAGUUUUAGAUCACCCCUGAUGAAGACACUAGACUGGAGUGUCGAAACGUUGGGUCUUGAUUACAAUUCGACUGGGCUUUGUAAUAAUUUAUUUAAACCAGAGUAGCGAGCGAAACAUGAUUGAUAUACCUGGUUGCAGUGAACGAACAAACUUUAUAAGUUUGAUAAUAUCAACAAGGUUGUUACAAGUUGUGACAAGCUGUGCGAACACAACUUGUAAUAACUCCAACUUGUUGACGGCUUGUUGGCAGACUUUCUACAAGAUGUGAGAUUUUUGCGCGUGUGUACACUAUAUGAAAAUAAUUGUAGGCCAUGAAAAUUUUUAAUUCGCACCGUAGUGUGGUAUAAUUAAUUUAUAUAUAAAUUAUAAAUAAUUUAUAUCUGUAAAUAACUAUAUGAUUGCAUUGUCUUAUUUCCAGGACGUGUCGUAAUGGUGUGGUGGUCACGGAGAAAACUGUACUACAUCAUGGAGAUCGUAUCUUGUGGGGAAAUAAUCAUUUCUUUAGAAUAAACUGUCCUCGUUCUCCCGAGACAG